CCCAAUCCCAAGUAGUCAACUCUGGUAUAGUCAAAAUUAAUCAUCUGAGUUGUCUCCCUUCCCUUUGAAACUCUUAAAAGCAACACCCACUCCCACUCUGUUAAUGUCUCUCUCGCUGGAUAAUUAUUAGCAAAAAAUCCCCAUUACCAAAAUUCAGGAGAGAGAAAUUCCUCUGUCCUUUAUAAUGCAGACUACAACAGUUAGAGUUGCGAAUUUAUCAGAUCUAGCUACUGAGAGAGAAAUUUAUGAUUUCUUCUCGUUUUCUGGUGAUAUUAACCACAUUGAGAUCCAACGUGAAUCAGCUAACUCGAAGACGGCAUUUGUUACUUUUAGAGAAGAGAAAGCUCUCGAAAUUGCCUUGCUGCUUUCGGGAGCAACUUUAGUUGACCGCAUUGUGACUAUAUCUCUUGCAGAAAACUAUGUCGCAAAACCCGAGACGGAAGUAAGAAUAGUCGAAAAUGCUGUGAGCACAGCACAUGUUGAAGAUGCGUCCACGAAUGCUGAGGCUAAAUCUGGCAAAGCAUAUGUUAAUAAAGCACAAGAGGUUGUUUCCAGUAUGAUAGCUAAAGGUUCUGCCAUAAGGCAAGAUGCUGUGAACAAGGCUAAAGCUUUUGAUGAGAAGCAUCGGUUGACAGCUAAUGCAUCUGCCAAGGUCAGUUCCUUUGACAAAAGAGUUGGACUCACCGAGAAGCUCACAGUCGGCAUUUCAGUUGUUAAUGAGAAAGUGAAGUCUGUGGACCAAAGGCUUCAAGUCUCUGACAAAACAAUGGCAGCCCUGCUUGCAGCAGAGAGGAAACUAAACGAUACAGGAUCAGCUGUCAAGUCAAGCCGGUAUGUAACUGCAGGAGCAGCAUGGUUUAAUGGUGCUUUUAGCAAGGUUUCAAAGGUCAGUCAUGUUGCUGGCUCGAAAACUAGACAGAAGUUCAACACAGCUAUGUCAAAUCUUACGGCGAAGGAUCCAAUAGCUGCAUAGCCAUAGCCAAAAAAAUCCUGGACUACUUUGAGUAACCGAAGCUGGUAUUCUCAGUGCAUGAUAUCCCCAGUCCGGUCGAUCUGCAAGCAUAUUCCGAAGUAAGAUGUCAUUUUUGGAGUCAGAUAUUGAAACAUUCUUAAGAUGCUGCAAUGGUGCGCCUUUGAAGCGUCGUCCCGAAGAAUAUGUCAUCUUGUUUGUUCUCCAGGUAAAAAGUACCAGGAGUAAGGUUGUGUCAUGUGUGAUCUUUGUUUUAUUAAAACCGAAGUUUUGAUUUGAAAUAUAUAUAUUUGUAAUUCUUUGUCAACAACAACACUAUUCUUUAUGACUUUAUAGUUGAUUUUUAAUGGUAUCGCAUGUUAUGUUUGUGUAUAAUUUACAUUCAAAUGGGUUGUUUAGGUUUGACCAAAUCUUGCAAUAUUUAAAUAUGAGAAGCUUUCGUGA